GGAAACCAGAAAGAGCAGCAUCAACAAACCAGAACCAGAAAGAGAGUGAGUGAGAGCAUUGAGACAAGAUUAAAGAAUAACAACAAACAUAAACAGUGAAACCUUAGAAGCAAUUAUUCUUCGUUCUGUUGCUGUUUAUGAUCCUGUAUUGUUUUACGGUGCUCAAUUAAGCAGACAAUCGUGAAAGAAUUUUAUUCAUCUUUCAAUAUUAUGCCCAAUUCUCAAAAGGAAAGGAAUGAAUCGCCAAUCUGUUGUAUUUUCUUCUGUGAAUUUGAUCAUGUCUAUGGGCCUAAGUUGACAUUUCAGGUUCCUGAAGACAUCGUUUCAGAAGAUAAAUUCAAUGCUCUCAAUGUUUACCUUAUACCUAAAAAAGAGUUGGAAGGAAGAUUAAUCACUGUAAAUUCAAAUAAUCUUAAAGUCAUUGGAUUUCCUGUUGGCUUAGAUGGCCCUCAAUUCCCUCGAAACAGACUUAUCUUCAACCUUUGUUUUGUUUGUGUCUCUGCCAUGAGAACUGUACAAUAUGAGCCUGUUGUCAAAAAGUUAGCUCAUUAUCUGAUAAACUUGGAAAAAGAGUGUCAAUUUAUCUCUAACAAAGAAACUAAAAGUACUCUGCCCAAAAUUAUGGCCGCAAUCAGGGAUCAACUAACAGCAAAUAGAUCUUGUGAGCUCACGAUAACUGAGUCAACCACCAUUUAUUUGAAAGUUGCUCGAGUGCGUCCAAAACCUGAUCCUGUAGAGGAUCAUGAUGUACCAAUAUUCUUAACAAGUGAAGGAUCCAUUGUUCCUAGCGAAUGGGAUUUGACAACUCAACAAGUUAUCCCAUUUAUCGAUGGUUACCGUCAUGUUGCCAAAAUAGCUAGUGAGGCUGAUGUCGAAGUUUCCUUGGUCAAAGCUUGCAUCCAAAAUAUGAUUUAUUAUGAAAUUAUUACUUUAAUCCCAAUAUUUCAGUAUUCAAAUGUUUAUGUUACAACCCCUAAGAUAUCAAAUCUCGUCGAAAGUACUGAAUUACAAGAGGAGUGUCUUCGAUGUGUUGCCAAAGCUCCAAGCUUCAAACCCAACUUUAGACCAGUUUUCCAACUCUACUGCAGCAUGACUCCUGGUGUUACGAUCAAAGAUCUUUGUGUCAGAUUCAAUCCUAGUCUGAAUGGUAUUGAUGAGAAAAAAUUGGUACAUUUUGGUUCCUUGAAAGGUAUUAUUCGUCGAUUGAACAAAUAUCCAAUCCUGGUUGAUGCUCCUCACUUAACAUCGAUAGCACAUCAACGCGGUGUUUAUAGGUUUUUUGAUGGAAACCACAGCUAUGACAAAAUUUGCACGGAAAUGAGUAAAAGCCACGCCGAGCUGGAAGAAAAGGUAGAAAAGCACCCAUCAGCUGUGGUUUGUUGGAAAUAAUGACUCCCAUUGCUCAAUAAAUCUUGUAAUUUUGAUUCCUGAUUGAUUAUCCCAUUCGAUAUCAACUGGUUAUUACUAGCUGUUCAAAAAAAUGAUUUUUUUACAAAACAUUAAUAAAUCGCGUUCUCAAUUCAA